CCCCUUCUCUCCCUCGUAUGGACACACGGACUCUUCAAAGACGACGUCUCUCGCAGCGGGAGCCGUCCGGCCAGCCAGCCAAGCAGGCAGGCAGCCAUCCGAAGCGAGGCGGCCUGACCCGAAAAUACCCAGAGAGAAAAGGGCGAGCAGCAAGGGGGCCCGGUUCGGUCGAUGCUCUGGCAGAAGCUACCCUCGCCGCUCGCCUUGCCCUUGCCGGGACUGCUGCGCUCGCUCGCGACCAGGCCGAAGACGAGUCCGGUCUUGCGCCGUGACGCCCUGCCACCAGCGCUGUCUUGGCACGCGCCGCCGAGGCCCUCGGAGAAGCAGCGUGCGCGCCCAGGGCCCGGAGCCGCCGCCGGCCUCGGCUCGCCCCAUGAGCGCCCGUCGAUGGUCGCCGCCUCGUCCACCUUCCGCUCGGGAGGCUGGCCGGCCGUGCCCUUGCUGCUCCUGCUGCUGGCGGCCGCUGCUGGUCUGGCCUGCUGCUGGUGGAUCGCGGUCUCGUCGGCGGCGGUGGUUGCGCCAGCAGCGUCGGGCAGCCGUGACGAAGUCUUCAAGCCACCUCAAUUGCUGUUCGACGACGAGCCGAGUCCGCAAGAGAUCUGGUCGGCGGUGGCGACAUCCAUCGCCCAGUGGCAGCGUGCGCACAGUGGACGCCACCGCAGAAGCACCGACGUGGCCACAGCAGAGAGGGGAGUGUGCUAUGGAUCACUCGGCUGCUACAGGGAGGACAGCGGCUCAGGUCAGCCGAACGCCUUGCCCGAGGAACCCGGCAGCAUUGGAACGCGCUUCUACCUUAGCUCACGUCGCAGUCGCGAGCCGCGGCUUCUGGGUGACUCGGCCUUCUUCAACGCCUCGAAGCCGGUCAAGCUUAUCAUUCACGGCUUCGGCAGCAGCGGCAAACGUUCCUGGGUCCGCCGCAUGGUGGACGCGUUGCUCGCCGCUGGCGACGUGAACGUCCUGGUGGUGGACUGGGAGAAAGGCGCCACACUGCCCAACUACGUCCAGGCUGCCGCCAACGCACGCCUCGUUGGGCGCCAGGUGGCGCAAGCGGUGCGGCGCCUCCUCCGGCUGGGCGCCGAGCCGCGCGACUUCCACCUGGUGGGAUUCUCUCUUGGUGCUCACGUGGCUGGCUUCGCGGGUGCCGAGCUGAGGAACCUUUCGCGUAUAACCGGGCUGGACCCGGCGGCGCCAUUGUUCGAAGGCUACGAUCACAAUUCCCGGCUGGACCCUACGGACGCGAAAUUGGUAGACGUGAUCCACUCCAAUGGAGACAGCUUUCUGCGAGGUGGCCUGGGUGCAUUUGAACCUCUGGGACACGUCGACUAUUAUCCGAAUGGGGGCAAGGCACAACUGGGAUGCAACAGCGUCUUUGUCGGUGCCCUGAGCGACAUCUUUUGGGGCCACUGGCAGAGCCUGUGCCACCACCGCCGCGCUCUUCAGCUGUUCACCGAGUCGGCGAACCCACAGUGUCCGUUCCCGGCGUUUACGUGCGCCAGCUACGAGCACUUCCAGCGGGGCGAGUGCUUUCCGUGUGAGCGGCCGACAGACUGCAGCUACAUGGGGUACUUCGCAGACCGGUCCCGAGCCCGCGGGCGCAUGUUCCUGAUGACCCGUCAGGAGCCGCCCUUUUGUGCGAGUCAAUACAAACUGGUUGUUAACAGCUCUGCUGGCCAGGAACCUUCGUGGGGCAAGAUUGAGCUGGAACUCUUUGCCGAAUCAGGCGCCAACGAGACGUUCAGCGUGACAACUGAUUCGCAGGAGCUGCGAGGUGGCCAAGCUGAGAAGGUGCUCGUCGCCGCCCACCCUGCUGUGGUCAACAUCACGAGAAUAGUCAUCAAAUACACCAAAUACCGCGGAUGGAUUUACGGAGGGAAGGACUCCUGGUUCAUCGACAAAGUGGCCAUCCUCGACAGCUUCGGCUACACGGUCUCGUACUGCGGCCUGCGGACGCGACUAUUGGAUGGGCGGCCUCUCAAGCUCCGAGUGCGACCAGAGGAUUGCCAACCCUCGUCACCACAGCGAGUGGCCCGCCUGGUGUGGCAGGUGCUCAGCGACCCCGUAGCCGGCAGCCAGCCGAGGCCUCCCCGGCUCGUCUGGACGCUGAGGCUGGAAGACGCCGACAUUGCGUCAGCAGUGGUCGCUGCGACGCCGCUCGAACCCCGCCCGCCAGCGGUUCUUGCACCGGCCAGAAACCGGUAGACCCCAGCAAAGCGUCAGAUUUCAAGUCACGGUUGUUUGCCAAAGGAGGCUGGAAUAUAACCGCGCAUGCUGACCUUUCCGAGAAGCGAGCAGAAUUUCGAAAAAAAAAAGACGUCUGCUGGUGAUGUGUGCAUAGUAAACGUCAUGAAAUUUCCGCAGACGCUGAAGCCGUAGACGAAACUUUUCAGGCAUUCGGGAGGUCCUGACUGCUGACUACGCUUCGAAAACCAUCCCAUGGAUGAACUUGACAAGUGGAACGACUGCAGUCGAAGUUUCAGCACACUAAAUAUUUUAUUGCAAACAGGGUAGCGAAUUGUCGAAGAACUGAAUAUUUAUUUCACAGUCACUGUCACUACAACGUCUCAGCGAAUGACUCCACGAAAGCCAAUUUUUGCAUUUGAAGUUGUUUCUAGGCUGUUUUCCAUGACUCGUGUUCCUUGUUAAUUGCUGACUAGCAUUGAGCACUGUACGUUUCACUACUUUGUUUUAUUGUAUUGACACUGUACAUUAGAUAAAGAUAUACUUAGUUAUUGUUGUGAGUGUGGAUAGUUCACGUUUGGUGUUGUCUUGUUUCUCCGAAAAAAAAACUGAGCUUUUAAUUUGUCGUCUUCUAGCAAAUCCCGGCCGCGGCGGCCGCAUUUCGACGGAGGCGUACUGCAAAAACGCCCGUGUGCUUGCCUUGUAUUGCACGUUAAAAAACCCCAGGUUGUCAAAAUUAAUCCGGAGCCCCUCACUACGGCCUGCCUCAUAAUCAGAACUGGUUUUGGUGCGUAAAACCCAAGAAAGAAGAACAAACACAUAACCUCUAGUGCACAUACUCUUAAUCAGCAGGUGGUCACAAGAAGGACAUGACUGCCAAGGCUGCCACCACCGGCACAGAAACGUUAAUGAGGUUACAAGUGUAACGACCUUGCGUUGAAGCACUCGAAGUUUUUCGUGCCGUUCGCUCGAGGAAUAGUUGCUCGAGCCUGUGGAAGAGGACUAAAUCCCCUGCUGUGCACCGGCCUUCAUCGCUUGGUGACAAAAAUAAGCGCAUUACAGCAUCAAGAUCUCGAAGCACAUACUAGGCUCAUGUAAUAUAAAGCAAUUUCAUUCUUAUCUUACUCCAAGCUCCUUACAUCAUACUUAUGUACCGCCGAUGGAAGCAUCAGGCGGUAACCCACAGCGUUCUUUGAAUAGCCCAACCAAACACUGUCCUCGUUUAUAGGAGGUCACUUUUCUUUGCUUUCAAAGUCAAUAGCAGUGCCUGCCUCCACACGUUUUUUGUAUCGAAUUGGCUGACAAAAGGCGAGAAGUGCACAGAAGUGGAGAGGGUUUCAACGUCUGUGUUUGUUCCGCUUGGUCUUGCUUAGCUUGCAGUGGCGAGCAGAAAAUGGCGAUGGCGUGCAGCGGGAAGGUAAAAAUGACGCUAAAACGGGUCCUCAGCGAAGAACAGUUGGCUGAGCGAUGUCGUACGCGUGGCUUAUAGGAGCUGAAUAACGUUGUACUGGUAGACAAAAAUUUUUAUUAUACGCAAAGAAAUCUAUUUUAGCUUGCAGCUCCGAGUAGUCAGGGCCAGAGCGAUCGGCUGGCGGCAAUCUUUUGUUUCUUUUGAAACAGGGUAGUCUCCGUCUGUACUGCAAAACGUUGGGUUUUGUUCGGCAUAUUAAUGGAUAUUUAAUGGAUCUUUAUCGCGCGCACACGCCAUUCUGACGUGGCAAGUUUUCGCGGUUAUGAGACGCCUCGUGAGAAACGGGCAAAAUGGGCGCGGCCCGUAUAUUUUGACCAGUUAGGGAGAGGUAAUGGUAGAAAUUGAAUAGAAACAAAUUGAAAUAGCUUUACGGUAUAGUACCCCUCGUGUAAUCUUCAAGGGUGUGCCAGCAAAGACGAUAGGUACUCGAUAAGAAAUGCACACCGCGCGGCUUACACACGAUGGUUGGUUAGAGGAAAAGAAAUCUGCAAUUUUUUUUUAAUUCCAGCCUACGUUUAUGCAGAUGAAUUGAAUUCGCUGGAAGACGGUGACUUGAUCUUAUGAGCAGUGGCUGGAAAAGGGGAGCCUUCAGCUCGAAGUCUCGAAUACGAAGAGUUACCACGUUGACACGUUCAUCAGCUGUCUAGGCUCUCCUGGUUCAUCAGCUGUCUUUCAGUUUCCAUUUAUGUGCUGUGUGCGAAGUGAGUGUUAAACGUCAACGACAUUUCUUUGAUCGCGAUUUUGUGUGCCGUCAAAGGUGUAAGAUUCACGCGGCGCGGUUGAAGCUGCUGGCGGCUUUGUAAAUAGUAUGUGUACAGUGCAUCAAAAAGCCGGUGAAAUAUAAUUCGUAGGGAGUUUCCCCAGACCGGUGUUUAUGUUCCUGAGCUGUUUGUGGAAGACUGCAGCAGCCCGUUUUAUGUCUAAUAUAGUGUUGCAACUGUUCGCACAUGUAUCAUAAGAAAGAUAAUCCAAAAAUAAAUAAA